AUGGAGCAGCGCGGCCGCGAGGAAAGCGGAUCGGCGGUGGAGCGGCGGCGGUACAGGAGGGUGCGGCGGCGGAAGUGGGGGCGGUGGGUGUCAGAGAUCCGCCGGCCCAACAGCCGCGCGCGCAUUUGGCUGGAGUCCUAUGACGCCCCCGAGAAGGCGGCACGGGCGUUCGACGCCGGCUCCGCCUGCCUCCGCGGCCGCCGCGCGUGCCUCAACUUCCUCGACGACGCACCAGCUCCGCAGGCCUCCUGCCCCGGCCUCUCACCGUCCUCCAGAUCCAGGCCGCAGCAGGCCGCCACGCCGCCCUCAGAUGGGCCUAGUGGACGAUACAGAUGA